GGAAGAGAAUUGAAAAACUGAUUAAUUCAAGGACCUUUGGACAAUUUCUUACCUAUGUAUUGUUGUAGUGCACAGGAAAGUAAAAUGGACUACAAGCGGCGCUUUUUGCUUGGCGGGUCCAAGCAGAAAGUGCAGCAACACCAGCAGUAUCCAAUGCCUGAGCUAGGCAGGACCCUGAGUGCCCCCCUGGCAUCCGCUGCCUCAGCAUCCCCUUUGGUCUCUGCAGCUGCUGCAAAUAGCUGCAACCAUACUGUAGCCCACACUACUCCAAUUGCAGACAUCCAGCAGGGAAUCUCCAAAUAUCUGGAUGCACUCAAUGUGUUUUGCCGUGCAAGUACUUUUCUUACAGACCUUUUCAGCAGUGUAUUUAGGAACUCUCCCUAUUCAAAGGCAGCUAUGCAACUGAAGGAUGUGCAGGAACAUGUCAUGGAAGCAGCCAGUAGACUAACAGCAGCAAUAAAACCAGAAAUAGCAAAAAUGCUGAUGGAAUUGAGUGCUGGAGCUGCUAACUUUAAAGAUCAAAAGGAAUUCAGUCUCCAGGAUAUUGAGGUACUGGGACGAUGUUUCUUGACAGUGAUGCAAGUCCAUUUCCAGUUUUUGUCCCAGGCAUUACAGAAGGUGCAGCCUGUGGCCCACUCCUGCUUUGCUGAAACAGUAGUGCAAGAAAGAAAGAAUGUUAGUGGCAAUGGGAAAGCUUGCUUAAAUCCCACAACUGAACUGGAAGAUGCAUUAAGAUCUUGGAGAGGGGCCGCAGAGGCAACAUCUAGACUGAGAGAGAGAGGCUGUGAUGGCUGUUUGGCUGGAAUUGAAGUUCAACAGCUCUUCUGUUCACAGAGUGUGGCAAUUCCUGAACACCAGCUUAAAGAACUGAAUGUGAAAAUCGACAGUGCUUUGCAAGCAUAUAAAAUAGCUCUGGAGAGUUUAGGCCACUGUGAAUAUGCAAUGAAAGCUGGUUUCCACUUGAAUCCAAAAGCAAUUGAAGCAAGUUUGCAGGGCUGCUGCAGUGAAGCUGAGGCACAGCAGACAGGGCGGAGACAAACACCACCACAACCAAUCCAGUGUGAGCUCCCAACCGUCCCUGUCCAGAUAGGAUCACACUUUUUGAGAGGGAUAUCUUUUAAUGAGUCUGCAGCUGACAACCUGAAGUUAAAAACGCACACAAUGCUACAGCUGAUUAAAGAAGCAGGCUGUCAUAAUGGGAUUACAACAAGGGAUGAUUCUCCUGUAACUGAAGUUUUGAAUCAGGUUUGCCCUUCUACUUGGCGAGGUGCAUGUAAGACCGCUGUGCAGUUACUAUUUGGCCAAGCUGGACUGGUGGUGGUCGAUACAGCACAAAUUGAAAAUAAAGAAGCCUAUGCUCCCCAGAUUAGUUUAGAAGGUUCCAGAAUUGUGGUUCAAGUCCCAUCAACAUGGUGCCUGAAGGAAGAUCCUGCAACCAUGUCUUUGCUCCAGAGAAGUCUGGACCCAGAGAAGACUUUGGGUUUAGUAGAUGUACUUUACACAGCCGUAUGGGAUUUAAAUAGGUGGAAAGAGGGAAGGGAGCAAGCUUUGCCUUGUAUCCAGAUUCAACUUCAACGUGAGAUCUCUGACUUUGGUAAUCAAGUUGAUAUGCCUCCUGGAAAUGGAAACAAAUCAUCAGGAGGGUUGCAAAAGACUUUCUCAAAACUGACUUCACGGUUUACAAAGAAAACUUCAUGUGCCAGUUCCAGCAGCAGUACAAGUUACUCUAUUUCAAAUACCCCUUCCAAAAAUGUUUUCAUAUCUGGAAGUUCUGAAGACAAGGCUAAAAUGCCCAGUAAUAUUGAUACAAGAUUACAAAGCAUUUUGAACAUUGGUAAUUUUCCAAGGACUGCAGACUUAUCAGCCCAGAGUGCCAGUAAUCAGAUGGUUAAUGGCUUUCUAAUUGAACAUAGGGAAAAUUUCCUCAAAGGAGAUGAUGGUAAAGAUGAUAAAGGUAUGAAUCUACCAAGUGAUCAGGAAAUGCAGGAGGUUAUCGAUUUUCUGUCUGGCUUUAAUAUGGGCAAAUCCCAACAGGCUUCCCCAAUGGUAAAAAGGCGUAACUCUGUUGCUUCUACCACAACAACUGAGACAAAAUCAGGGACCUUGCAGCCCCCACAGCCACAACCACAGCCACAGCCUCAAUCCGUGGCACAUGUAGCUUUGCAUCCUUCUCAGCGAGGGUUAGCACAGCAACAGCCACCAUCCCCUAAACAGCAGCAGCCACAGAUGCAAUAUUACCAACAUCUUCUUCAGCCCCUAGGGCCUCAGCAGCCACAGCCACAGGCACGGACACCUGGAAAGUGGCUUAAUAGCUCUUCACAACAGCCUGCCCAGGCAAUUGGAACUGGAUUGUCUCCUCUUGGCCAAUGGAACAGCCCUGGCCUAUCAGAUCUGAGUCCUGAUUUAUAUAGCUUAGGUCUUGUGAGCAGCUACAUGGACAACAUGAUGUCUGAAAUGUUAGGACAAAAGCCACAAGGACCUAGAAAUAACACGUGGCCAAAUCGUGACCAAAGUGAAGGAGUCUUUGGGAUGCUGGGAGAAAUUCUGCCUUUUGAUCCUGCAGUUGGCUCAGACCCAGAGUUUGCCCGGUAUGUAGCUGGGGUAAGCCAGGCUUUGCAACAGAAACGGCAAGCCCAGCAUGUCCGUCGUCCAGGCAAUGCACGGAACAACUGGCCUCUUCCGGAUGAUGCCCAUCGUACCUGGCCUUUUCCUGAGUAUUUCACAGAAGGUGACAUGAUAAAUAAUAGCUGGUCAGGCACUCAGGGAGACUCUGCCAGCUCAAGUGAUGAGACAUCCUCUGCUAAUGGAGACAGUUUGUUUUCCAUGUUUUCAGGGCCAGAUCUUGUUGCUGCUGUUAAGCAGAGAAGGAAACAUAGUAGUGGUGAACGAGAGACUACCACACUACCAUCACCACCUCUUCUUUCCACAGUAGAUGACCUUAAUCAGGAUAAUAAAACCAAAACGUGGCCUCCAAAGGCCCCCUGGCAGCAUCCUUCACCUCUCACCAACACACUGCCCAGUCAGAGCCCGUCUUUGUAUCAUAUUACCAAUCCUGUCAGCCAGUGGAAUGACACGAUGCAAAUUUUACAGUCACCAGUUUGGUCUACAGCUGGUGACUGUGCUCCGUCAACAGGGAUGUCCUCUACAUUUGCCUAUGGGCAGCAAGCCCAGGCUCAGGCGCAGGCACAGCAGGCAGCAGCCCAGCACAAACCCAUGAACAAGGGCUUUAAAUCUUUUCCCGUGAAGCAGGAGCGCAGACCAUCCUAUCUACAUCAGUACUAAUGGCUUCACACACCUCGGAAGGAUACUGGUUGUCUCAUCAGUAGCGACGGGUGGCCAUGAAUGGGCCUUCACAAUUCUAUGAAAAGAUAAAGCUAUUUUGUGGACGUUCUGUUUGAUAAAACAUGGCAUUAUGUCUGGUUACUUUUGCAAAGGGAGAUCCCAUUGAAAUUGACAUACCUAAGCUCAGAUGUUGAGCAAAUGAGGCCACUAUUUUUG